AUGGGCUCGCUGAGCAGCCGGGUGCUGAGGCGGCGGCAGGGCCUCCCGCGGGGCGAGGCGGGCGGCGACGGCCGGGGCGGGAAGAGGAAGCGCGGCGGGGCCGAGGGGCCCGGGGACAGCGACAGCGACGGCGAGGCCGAGCGGGAGGAGCGGGUCAGGAGGUUGAGGGGACAGAGGAAAAAAUUGAAGAGCACGUCUAAGUACAUUUAUCAGACUCUGUUCUUGAAUGGGGAGAACAGUGACAUCAAAAUUUGUGCUCUGGGAGAGGAGUGGAACUUGCAUAAGAUAUACUUGUGUCAGUCAGGCUACUUUUCCAGUAUGUUCAGUGGGUCUUGGAAGGAAUCAAACAUGAAUGUCAUAGAGUUGGAGAUUCCUGACCAAAACAUUGAUAUAGAAGCUCUGCAGGUGGCUUUUGGCUCUCUCUACAGGGAUGAUGUCUUAAUAAAGCCCAGCCGAGUCGUGGCACUUUUGGCAGCUGCCUGCAUGCUGCAGCUUGAUGGCUUAAUCCAGCAAUGUGGUGAAACAAUGAAGGAAACCAUUAAUGCAAAAACUGUCUGUGGUUAUUACAACUCAGCAGGGACCUACGGGCUAGACUCUGUGAAGAAAAAGUGCCUUGAGUGGCUCUUGAAUAACCUGAUGACUCACCAGAGUGUUGAACUCUUCAAAGAACUCAGCAUUAACCUCAUGAAGCAGCUGAUCAGCUCCUCCAACCUGUUUGUGAUGCAAGUGGAGAUGGAUGUGUACACUGCUCUCAAGAAGUGGAUGUUCCUUCAGCUUGUGCCUUCCUGGAAUGGCUCUUUGAAGCAGCUCUUAGCUGAAGCUGAUGCCUGGUUUGCCAAGAGGAGGAAAGAUUUUGAGGAGGAUGUGGCAUUCCUGGAGGCAGAGCAGGGCAGAGCCUUCCUGCCUGUGUUCUCACACCUGCGGCUGCAGUACAUCAUCAGUGACUUGGCGUCAGCCAGGAUCGUCGAGAGAGAUGCUCUGAUCCCCUCAGAGUGGCUGUGCUCUGUUUACAAACAGCAGUGGUUUGCCAUGCUCAGAGCAGAACAGGACAAUGACACUGGGCCUCAGGAAAUAAAUAAAGAGGAACUGGAAGGAAACAGCAUGAGGUGUGGUCGAAAGCUGGCCAAGGAUGGUGAUUACUGCUGGCGCUGGACAGGCUUCACCUUCGGCUUUGACCUGCUGGUGACCUACACCAAUCGCUACAUCGUCUUCAAGAGGAACACUCUGAACCAGCCCUGCAGCGCCAGCGUCAGCCUGCAGCCGCGCCGCAGCAUCGCCUUCCGGUUACGUCUGGCCUCUUUUGAUAGCAGUGGGAAAGUUAUCUGCAGCAGAACCACAGGGUAUCAGAUCCUCACCCUUGAGAAGGAUCAGGAGCAGGUGGUGAUGAACCUGGACAGCAGGCUCCUGAUCUUCCCCCUCUACAUCUGCUGCAACUUCUUGUACACCUCCCCAGAGAAGAAGGCUGAGGGUGAGGCCCUGCUGGAGCACCCUGAGGCCUGAGGCUGUCCCCAGGGCAGCAGCAGGGUUGGGGCUGCCCAGGGCUGGGGCAGCAGCCAAGGCCUUACACUGUAGCAAACAUUCAUGGCCUUAGUACCUUCCUAUGCAGAUCUGAGAAGAGGAUCAGAACCUCUCUAGGCCAAAACCUGUUCCCCCCAUGCCCUGUUCCUGCUGCUGGCCAUCCCCAGGCCACAGCCAUUCCAUCUCUGGGAGUCUUCUCUUCCUAUCUCUGGGCCAAAACUGAGCCAAACUGGAGAGAGGGAACCUGUGUGGAGGACACCUCAGCAGCUUCCCUGCCAGAGUCUGUCCCCUGUGGUGGCACAGGUGGCUCCAGGCAGUUAGUUUUGUUCAUCUGGGGCUUUCCAUGACUGCUCUGUACAUACCAGACCCUCCUCCUGCUUCUUUCUGUGCUCCUUUUCCCCUAGGCCUGAGCCCAGCCCUGGGAAUGUUGCCUGGCAGCUUUUGUUGGGUCUUUGCCUGCACCUCUUUCAAACCUCCUUGGUUUUAAGCCUUGAUUGCAGCUCACAUCCCCUCCUCCCCCUUUCAUUUUUCUUGUUCUUAGGGCUUUUUUUUUAACCUUGCAGCAAAUAUUUAUCAUUUUUAGCACAGGACUUUGCUGAUAAAGAUGUUCAGAAGGGAUUUUUUAUUUUUUUUCCCCCCCACCUACUCUCAAUAUUGCUUUGCUUUGAGUCUGUCCUUCAAGCAGCAGCUUCCAGCUGGGAUCCUGCUGAAAGCUUCCUGCACUCCCAUGAACCAAAUCCCAGGUUUUUGAACCAUUUUAACUGGGUUUUGUUUUGUUUUUGUGUUGGGGAAUAUUCUCCCUUUUUAGCUCAGGAACUUGUGGCCUUUGGGUGCCUUUUGGGUUGGAUGUGUUCAGGCUUCAUCAGCUCAGCAAGGUCACAGGAUCCAAGGGGAGAGCUGGGAACAAGGAACUGCUUUUCACUUGGGCUGAGGAGCCAGGGGGGCUGGAGGUUCACCCCUGUCUGUCCUUUCUGUUGGGUUUUAUGUUUUGUCUGCUGCAGUUUGAGACUCUUACAGCAGGAGUUUUUUGGGAUUCCAAGUGGGAAUUUUGCCUCUUUAGGAGCCUAUUUUUUUAAUGUUGUCAGAAAAGUAUCUAAACCAUUUGUACUUUAUAGCAAGGGUUAGAAAAACCAAACAACCACAGCUCUGUUGGGUGAGAGAGACAAAGAUGGCAACUGCUCAAUAAAUGAU